AAAGCGUUUCUCAAAUUCUGAACAUUGGCACGCCGGUGGUACAUUCAAAGUUGCACCACAACUUUUUUACCAGUUAUAUGUAAUACAUGGUUUUAUUCGUGAACGUACUCUACCACUGGUAUAUGCUCUUCUUCCUGGUAAAUCUGAAGCAGUUUAUGGUGAACUGUUUAAUGAUUUAUUAAAACAUGUAACUAGACAUCCGAACUCAAUUACAAUUGAUUUUGAGGAAGCCGUUGAGAAUAUUAUUAAACAAAAAUUACCAACAACAACAAUUAGCGGAUGCUUUUUCCAUUUUAAACAAUCUUUAUGGAGAAAAAUACAAGAUUUAGGCCAGCCACAACCAUUCAUUACUGAUCGUGAACUUCGUCAUUACUUAAAAAAUUUUGCUUGCUUAGCAUUUGUACCCGAAGCUUUUGUUGCAGAAGAAUUUGAGAAAUUCCAACAUGAAUCUCCUGACUCGAUAAGUGAUCAAAAGCUUCCGCGUACCAAUAAUUCUUCAAAAGGAUGGCACCAUGCACUUAAAAAUUCGGCUCGUAUAAACCCAUCUAUUUACGAAUCUAUUGAAGAUCUUCAAAUGGAACAACAUGCUAAUUUAAUUAUGACCGAGAAGCUAAAUGCUGGACUUGUAAAAUUGACAAAACGUACAACUACAGCAGUUAAUUACUACGUUUGA